UACCCCGAUUUUGUUUCUCGGUCGUUUGUGGUUUCCUCCUUUGUUCUGUGGAUGGCUGGAAUGAACUUCAAUGGAACGGCUGUGUGGUGGAUUGGAUGGAACGGAACGGAAAAUGGAAAAUGGAACAUUCCAUUGAAUCGCAUCCGUCUGAAUGUGCAUUUUCCCCGAAACCCCCGCAAGUGUGGGGAAGCGGAAUCCGCGAGCUCACCGAGGGCAUCGAGCACGCGAUCCCCCCGGGGCGAGCGUCUCUGUUUCCGUCGUGGUUUGCACCGUCCGGCAGAGCCGCUCCGGGAAAUCCGGAAGGAAGUUCCAGCACUACCCCACCAGCGGGCCGGGACGGCAGCCACAGCAACAACAUUUCCAACAACAACAACAACAACAACAGCGGCAGCCACGGCGGUAGCUCGUUUUCGCUCCUGGCUGCCCUCGUGGAACUGGUGGACACCCUGUGCUUUCACUGGAAAAAGACGGGGGGCCUGUACGACGCAAGCCUUUCGGACCCGCCGUUGACCUGUCGGUACCGCCGGAAGCACACCUUUGCGGUGAGCCGGUCGAGGUCCAACAAGGGGGUGGAGGCAACGCUCUGGGACGUCCCGCAGUGGUCGGAGGRGGSCGUGGAUUCCCGCUCCGGGACGGAGGCCACCGAAMKGMCGCGCCGCGACACGGGCAAGAACAAAAGCAAAAGCAGCCGGCACAAGCAGCUGCUGGUCUUCAACACACACCUGGACCCGUGGCAUCCCUCCAAUCGAAAGAAACAAAUCGGCGAACUCCUCYGCUUUGUGGAAGACACGCUGUCUUCGAUCGAGCGGGCGUCCGGAAACGCACGGGGCUGCUACGACUGGUCCCAGACGGCCGUCCUGGUACUCGGCGACUUCAACGUCAAGGCCGGUUCGGAGGAAUACAUGGAACUGCUGGGGGCGGGCKCUUCCGAGCCAAGCCUUCCGUCGGCAGACGGUCCUCCGUGCRGGGAUGACGCUCCCUGCCUCGGCUGGAUCGAUUAUUUUGCCCUUGACCACGGAGCACACGAAUCGCCGUCAUCGUCGAGGGGCAACAGCGAAACGCACGAGCAGGAGGAGCAGCAUCGGCAACAACAACAACAACAACAGCAACAACAACAGCAGCAGCAGCAGCACACGUACGCCCUGCAAAACUCCAUGGUAGAAUACCCCGGGGACUGCGGCCGCAUCGACUACGUCUUUGGAAUCCACCGCCUCUGGGCCCGCGGGGGGGCGGAGGGCCCCUCGAACCGGCCCCGCGAGUUUCUGCGGCUGGCGGUGGUCGACCGAUCGGUCCGGAAAGAACCGGUCGGCGACGAGUCCUCGGACCACUACGCCCUGGUCCUGGAGCUGGUUCCGGCCGUUCGUUAGCGCUAGAAGCCCCRCCGUGCUUCCGCCCAACCGAACUCGUUUUGGUACGCCGGUAGUGGAAUACGCUACACGUUAUCCAUUG